AUGGCUACUACAGCCACCAAGGUCGGCCAUGGCCUUGCAAAGGUCCUUGGUAUCGACCUGCACUACCGCAACGAGACUGGAUCGGACCGUAUCACACGAGGAGAGAGCGUUUUCUCUAUCGACUCUGCCGACUCGUAUGUCGAACAUGAGCCUACUGCGUGGGAAUGGAUAUGCCACAUCACACCGAGCGGUCGCGAAUGGCUUGAGUAUUUCUGGAGUCUAUUCCCGUUCGUCCACUGGAUAUCGCGGUACAAUUUGCAGUGGCUUACAGGAGAUCUUGUGGCUGGUAUCACUGUCGGUGCCGUGGUCGUCCCUCAAAGUAUGGCUUACGCCAAACUGGCUCAGCUCCCUGUCGAAUUUGGACUCUACUCAUCGUUCAUGGGUGUGCUGAUCUACUGGUUCUUUGCUACCUCGAAGGAUAUCACCAUCGGCCCUGUUGCGGUCCUUUCAACUGUCACUGGAAAUGUGAUUUUGAGGGCCGAGGAAAGGCUACCCGGUGUCCCAAGAGAUAUUGUUGCAUCUUCGCUGGCCAUCGUCUCGGGCGCCAUCGUCCUAUUCCUGGGUUUGAUUCGAUUGGGCUGGAUCGUUGAUUUGAUUUCCCUACCUGCCAUAUCUGCAUUCAUGACCGGAUCCGCAAUCAACAUUGGAGUCGGCCAGUUUCCCGCUUUAAUGGGCAUAAAAAAUGUCUCGAACCGAGAGGCAACCUACAAGGUUAUCAUCAACUCACUUAAGCACCUAGGCUCAACAGACAUCAAUGCUUCAUUUGGAUUGACAGCCCUCUUCCUUUUGUACUUGAUCCGGUUUACCUGCAAUCAGCUUGCAAAACGCUUCCCAAGCCGGGCGAAGACUUUUUUCUUCCUUAACACUCUGCGAACGGCCUUUGUCAUUCUACUCUACGUUCUAUUCAGUUAUCUGGCCAACCGUCACCACAAGGCCAAUGGAACAAAGCCAAAGAUUACCACUCUCGGGUGA